UGCUGCCCCCUCCUGGAGAGAUCAGCAUCCUGUCAGUGAAGCCAGACUCUGUGACUCUGACCUGGGGACCUCCUGAGGGUCUGGAAGGAUCCAGGAAGUUCAGGGUGACCUGGGAGGGUGAUGGAGAACUGAAGAACCUUAAAGUGAAAGACAUGUACAAAGUAGAAAUAACCGGACUCCAAUCUGGUCAGAAGUAUGAGUUCCAAGUUUUCACAGAGGGGGACCAUGGCAACCACAGUGACUGGGUUUCUGCAACAGUAACUACAGUGGUUCCUGCUCCUCAAGAAAUUAAAGUGAUACAAUGUGAAGCCACUCAGCUGCGUCUCCAGUGGUCCAAGGCUCCAGGAAUAGAUCACAUUCCCCAGAGUUUCCUGGUCACCUGUAGCAGCCCAGGGUCUGAGCCCCAGGCAGUACACACCGAAGACAGCAGCAGAACCCUGACCGACCUGCAGCCGGAGACUCAGUACACCGUCGGAGUCUGUACUGUAUUGAGCAACGGGGAACGAAGUGAACCUGCUUCUGUGACCAUCUACACUACUGUCCCUGUUCCAGUCAAGCUGACAGUUGUCUCAGUGGACGCCACAUCAGCCACUGUGAGCUGGGAACAGCCAGAUGGAAUGAACCAGACCCAACUCCAGUACCAGGUCUCCUACCAGAGUCCAGGAACAGAUCAGCUCACCACCACCACCACCUCCUCACUCAGCAUCACUCUCUCUGACCUGAGACCUGCCUCUGAGUACUCUGUCAGGGUCUGCUCUGUCUUAGAGUGCGGACUGAAGAGUCAACCUGUGUCACAUACUUUCAGCACAAGAUCAUGCCUCAGGGAGAUGCUGUCCAAGACAGGACUGAAAGAACAUUAUGACCACAAGCUUACAUUGAGUUCUGUCCUUGAGAUAAACUCAAACACUACUUCAGAUGAGACAAUUACAUCACUACCAGAGGCCUUUUUAAAGAAUCUUAUUUUGGCAAAUGCAAAUGCCAGAGUCGUCAAAUGUUUAACGUCUGGCCACAGUGUCUCAUGUUCGGCACGAGACAGUCAUGACAAACUGGAAAACAUUAAUGCCUUUAAUCCUGUUGACCUUACAACAGCUAUGUUUCUGUGCUCAGAUAGCUUCCUUCAGCAGGAGAUGGUUCUGAAAAUGUCCAUGUGUCAGUUUGCUGUUCCUCUCCUCUUACCGAACUGUGACACACGACAAAACACCCUGAUGCUUUGGACCUUGAGGGACUUGAUCAAGAAAUUCCCACCCAGACAGGCAGAGUCAAAGCUCUUAACGGAGGAGAGAGUUGUACAAGCUGAUAUACCAAUGGUGUCCUUUGUCAGGCUAGGAGAAGAUCGAUUGUCCAAAUCCCAGAUUGUUAACAAGUUAAUAAGCAGUCCUCAGCAGUACCAUGACACGUUUGUUCAUGAGGGGAUGGAGUGUGGCGAUGUCCCAAGGAGGAUUUCAGAUGGGUUGGUUGAGAUCAGUUGGUACCUUCCAAGUAAAAACAAUACAGACAUGUUUAGUAAUCCAAUGGCUGUGGCAAAUCUGAGAGGUGACGUUAGACGUUUGGAAACACAGUUCUCGUUCUUGUGUGAAACGUCUGCAGCAGUUGUCAUUUUCUGUGAAAAUUCAGAGGCUGCCUACCAUGUUUUGAAAGGCAAACAGACAAAAGCAGAGUUGCUUCUGGUUGUGAAUUCUGAGACAGAGAAAAUGUUCAUCAAUCCAACAAAUGUGAUCGUAAGGAAGAAACACAAUGAUCAAGAAGUUGUGAGAAAGCUACAGAUUUCUAUUGGUAGGAUCAUAGAGAAAAGUUAUAACAACAUGAAAAUGGAAGGGAUGGCCAGUAUAGCUCGACAGUUUGGAAUUGUAGUCGAUGAAGACAAUCCUGAAUGUCAGGAAGCUAAGACCUUGGCUGAAAGAAUCACCAACAAAAUUAUAGACACUGUUAAAUUCAAAGAAGAACAGCUACCACUACAAGGAAAAGUCUGGAAAGAGCUUUCCAAGUUAGAGAAAGAGGAAUGUAGACUUCUAAAAGCAGGCGAAACAAACAUUCAAGCAUACAAAAGACAAUUGAGUUCACAAAAAGAACAACUGAGAAAUGAACAACAAAGUCAAGGUAUGUCAGAUGCUAUGAAGAUGUUCGUUCAAGGAAUGUCAAGUCCGGUUGUUCAAAGAUCCAAUUUUUUCAAAUGGCUGCGAAUAUAUUUGGAUGAUCGUUCAAGACAGAAUUUAUCAGGUUCAAGAAAACGUUACAAAAACCUUUGCACUGAAAAAAAGGAUGAAAUUGCUGAUUUGGAUAGGCAUAUUUCAGAUUGUUCCUUGGGACUUGAACACUUCCUUCGCGAGUUAGGCCAGUUGUACGAAUUAGCCUGCUGCCUUCCUGAGAACAGUCCUCAAAGGAAAGAGAUGGAAAAUCUGCCUAGACUGUGUGCUCAGAUGCUUCUAGAUGGUUUUCCCAUUGAGGUUGUGGACGGACAUGCAUCAAACAUACCACGGAGGUGGAUAUCAGAUGUGUUAACUUCUCUUCAUGGUCUUGUGGAAAACAAAAGCAGAAUCAAGGUGGUAUCAGUGUUAGGGGUACAAAACACAGGAAAGUCCACUCUGCUAAACACCAUGUUUGGGGUCAAGUUCGCUGUCAGCAGUGGAUUUAACACCAGAGGAGCUUUCAUGCAUCUCAUUAAGGUAGACGCAGAACAGAAGAAGGACUUGGAGUGUGACUUUGUUAUGGUCAUUGACACUGAAGGACUUAAGGACCCAGAACUGGCCCAGCUUUCAGAUAGUUACGAACACGACAACGAGUUGGCGACCCUCGUCAUUGGACUAAGUGACGUCACCAUCUUCAACAUCAACGUGGUGAACCUCGCAGAGAUGAAGGACAUCCUGCAGAUCGUGGUCCACGCCUUUAUUAGGAUGGAAGACUUGCUGGAAGAAAAGAGGAAGCCCAUCUGCCACUUUGUCCACCAGAAUGUGUCUGCGACAUCAGAUUAUCACGUAAGGGAACAGAAACAAACGUUGUCAGAUUUGGACGAAGUAACGCUGUUCGCAGCCCGGAUGGAGAAUAAGGAGAAUGUCACCAGGUUCACGGACGUUAUGGAGUAUGAUACAGACACUAAAGACACCUACAUCCCAGGACUCUGGCAUGGGACUCCCCCGAUGGCUACUGUCAGUUCUGGCUACAGUGAGGCUGUGUACAACUUCAAAAAGAAACUGCUGCAAGAUCUUGCAAAAAGCAGGAAGCGAGGAGAUUUGACAGAUUUCAAUAAGUCCGUUGACAGUUUGUGGGGCAUGGUUAUGUACGAGAAUUUCCUCUUCACUUUCAAAAACAGCAGGACCGCCGAUGCCUACAAUAAACUGAGAGAUGAGUACAUCGAUUGGGAAUGGUCAUUCGAUAAAGAGAUUCAAUCCUGGAUUGUACCUGCUCAAAAUAAAAUCAGGGAUUUCUCCAUGAGUGCUCCACAUUCCCAAAUGUCCCUCAACAGCAUGCUGCAGGACUUGUUGAGGGAAGCAUCCAAGAAGGUUUCCAAGGCAGAACAUCAAAUCCAAAACAAACUACAGAAGUAUCUUGAAACACAAGAUGCCCAAAACAAUGUUCUGGAAAAACAUAGAGAGGAGUUCAUCACCAGAAGCAAUAUGUUAAGACAAGAAACAGAGGACACUAUGAAAAGCCAACUGCAGAAAGCUGUUCAACUCAAAGAGGGAAAGACUGAAUUACAUGACCUUGAACAAUCACUGGCACAGGAAAUUGACAGGAAGGUUCGUGAUAUGCUGCAAAAAUGCAGAGGGAGUAACACUGAGUCCAGUGAGUCACUUAAAGAAGAAUUUGAAAGUAUGUGGGAACAAUUUAGAUCUCAGAUGCAUUUCAAACCCCCCCCCCAAAAAGAUGUUGCUGAUGAUGCCACCUCCAUGCUGAGAAGAAAUUUGUCCACAAGAGGGAGUCAGGUCAACAAGUUGCUGUUAAAAACCGACUUUAAAACUUGUGGAACGCAAGAGUUUGUUAUGAAAUCAGGAAAUAUCUGGGACAAGACCAAGUUAGCAAUGAGGUUCAUGGACAGUGACAGGCAGAGAAAAAUGCAACAAGACCUUUGUCAAACCAUUUUAAAACAGUGUCAAGAUUUCAUGGAACAAAAGCUAAACAGCAAAUCUAACUACAGUGAUAAAUACAUCAAAGACCUGCUGGACAUGGUCGAUCAGAGAUUGCGACAAGAAAAGACGCUGCAACUCGGUGACCAAUGUGAGACUCUUCUAAAGCUUCACAUCUGUGGCAAAGCAGCCCGAACUUUUCAGAAGAUGCAUGACGACUACAUUAAACAAAAUGACCCUCACAAGUAUCUGGAACAAUCUAAGGAGGAGUCUUUCAAAAGAUUCAAAGACUUGUUUAACAAACAAAGGAUUAGAAGUUCCAAAAGGAGUUUGCACAGGGGAAUAAUUUAGGUCAAACACAGCCAAUCCAAAUAAGUUUAAGAUUUGACACUUUGGUUUUGACAGAAUGUAUUGGUUUUGAACAUGAAUCAUUAAUUUGCUAGGUACUUCAAUUAUUGAGAUGGCGUGAAUAAAAAUUUCAGGUUCAGUAAAUCAAAAUCUUCUUUCUAAUCUUUCAUUGUAACCACAUUAAUUAUAGGACAGAAAAUAUUGUCUUCAUUGAUCACAUCAGGUUAGUUUCUAACACCAGUUAGUUUCCCUUGCCUCUAAAUGUUUUUACAGACUGUUUGACUUCGAAUUUGUUUAGUGUGCAUGUUAAUAACCUAUACAUUUACGUAAUUACACUCUUAUCUAAAAAAAAUGUAAUUCCUAUUUUUUCAGGCAAGGCGCUUGUUUGGGAGAGACUGUUGUGUGAAACGCUAUCUAAAAGUUUGUAUCCGCUUGCAUCAUAGUUUUAAGUUCCUGUUAAGUAACAAGUAGAGACAAAACAGCGCCAGCUCAAAAUACAGCAAUUCAUAUGAGUUUCUCAUUA